ACAACCCAGGAAGGCAGAGUGCAUGAAAUCCACCAUGGCUUGGUUUAAAGCAAACGCAGGCAGAGAUGUUAACCCUGAACUUGCCAGCGAAAGGGAAUCUCCUUCUUUUAAUGUGGAAACUCUCACUAAUGUGCUGGAUGGAUCUGCAGAUGAGACACGUCUACGGAGAUCAGUUGUUCUCGCUGUUAUCAGAGACCCUGCUUUCAGUCGAGAGAAUCAUUAUUUCAAGACACGACAAGAACGAUACGAGGGAGCCGUCCGAAAUUCUUUCCACCUGAUAAAGAAAAUGACCGAAUAUGGUUGGGCCACUGAUGGACCAGAGGUUUCAUACGUUUACAGAGCACUUUCAGGAGAAUUGUCUCUUAACAUUCAUAGUAUCUUUAUAAUGUCUGUUAUGGCGUUUGGAACAGAUGAACAAAUUGCAAAGUGGGCCGUGCUUGCCAAUAAUUAUAAUAUUCUAGGAACCUAUGCACAGACCGAGCUAGGACAUGGAACAUAUCUCCGUGGUUUGGAAACAACAGCAACAUUUGACAUCAAGACACAAGAGUUUAUAAUAAACACUCCUCAAAUAACUGCUACUAAAUGGUGGCCUGGAGACAUGGGUAGAACAUGCACCCAUGCUGUUGUCUUGGCACAGCUAAUCAUUAAGGAUAAGAAUUACGGAAUGCAUCCAUUUAUAGUGCAAAUCCGGAGCCGAAAAGACCAUUCUGCCUUACCAGGUAUAACAGUUGGAGAUAUUGGGCCUAAAAUGGCUCUUGAUACCCUGGACAACGGAUUUCUUCAGAUGAGAAACAUUCAUAUUCCAAAGGAGAACAUGCUGAGCAGAUAUUCUGAGGUACUCUCGGAUGGCAGCUACGUUAAGCGUGGAAGUGAUAAGACAAAUUACUUCAUAAUGGUAGCUAUGCGAGUGGUCAUUCUUACUAAUGAUGUCAUGCCUAGCCUGAUGAAAGCCUGCAUAAUUUCUGUCCGAUAUUCUGCUGUCCGUCGCCAGUCAGAGUUAAAACCAGGUGAUAAGGAGUCAAAAAUCAUUGAUUACCAAACUCAGCAACAAAAGUUGUUUCCGCUUGUUGCUACGUGUUACGCCAUUCAAUUCACAAUAAAAUAUGUCAACAAAGUUUACAACGAUGUGUCCAAGAUGAUUAAAGCAGAAAAUUUUGACUCACUCCCAGAGCUUCAUGCUAUCGUGUCCAGUGUCAAAGCCUAUGCAACAGAAAUUUGUGCCAAUGGAAUCGAGGUGUGUCGGAAGGCCUGUGGGGGCCACGGAUAUUCUCUUUUUAGUGGUCUCCCUACCCUGUACACAACAGCAGUUGCAGCGUGCACAUACGAAGGAGAAAAUACUGUCCUACACCUGCAGACAGCAAGGUUUUUGAUCAAAUGUUUUGCUGGCGCCCAGUCUGGACAGCAGUUACCUCCCAUUACGAUGUAUUUAUCAUUUCCACCCUCUAGUCAUUGUCCGGCAAGCAACCACUUGGACUUUGUGAAUCCGUAUGUAUAUGUGGAGGCUUAUCAGCACAGAGCGUUUAGUCUCAUUGCAUCAGCAGCAUAUAAACUGCAAAGUCUUGUCCAGUCUAGCAGUGAGCAGUAUCUGGCAUGGAAUAACACAUCGGUGGAGCUGGUGAAGGCCUCAAUAGCUCAUACGCACUACAUGACAGUGAAAAUUUUUGUUGAUGCACUGAAUUCGGUUUCAAGAGAACCAGAAAUCCAGAAGGCAUUAAAGAGUCUCUGUGACUUGUACGCACUGCAUGGAAUAUUUACCAAUGCUGGAGAUUUCCUGCAGGAUGGAUAUUUGUCUGGAAAACAACUGGAAAUGGUAACAACAGCCUAUCUUAACCUCUUGCCUGUGAUCCGAAAGGACGCGGUUCUUUUAGUAGAUGCUUUUGACUUCACGGAUGCAGAGCUAUUAUCAGCGAUUGGCAGUUAUGAUGGAAAUGUCUAUCACAACCUUCUAGAAUGUGUUCAGAAAAAUCCGGAUAACAAGCAGGUUAAUCCUAUGUUUGAGAGUCACCUGAAGCCUUAUUUACAAAGUACCCAGGCAAAGCUGUAAAAACUCAAGCAGUCCAAGAUGUGAUUAUAAAGGUACUAGUCAAAGUACCAACAACAUAUGCUCCUUUGAAAGAACAUACAAUUUCACCUAUAGAUUGUGCUAGCAACUCUGAGUAGAUAUUUCAGUCUCUUGAACUCUGCUGCUAAAUAGUUCGGUAGUGCGCCACCAGGAGCAAUGUCUCUGUUAAGGCAGCCAUCUUGUUUAUGGAAAUGGGCAAGCAAGGGGAUGACCUGUCCCAUUACUGUGGCUCUCAUUUUCUGUCACAUCGAUAAAUAGAAUAAGAACUGACACUAGGUUACCUUUUAUUGUCCAGUCCUCACUACCUAGAGGGUAGUCAAUGCCAAUGGAGUGGUUGAAAGCUAGACUAUGGAUUCCAUGUUCCAACAUUCUUCCCAGCAUGUCUAAAAUAGAGUUCCACCUUGGGCUGAUAUCCUUUUGUAGACGAUGUGUUGGAAACACUGUUUUUGCUUGCUCCUGCCUCAAGAGUUGGCUAGCCUUCAAACUACUGUGGAAAUACCUGGCAAUCCACCUUUAACUAUCAAGUGUGGUUGCCACUUUUGUGUUGCCUUAAGGAAUUGCAUCUUUCACUACAAGUUUGUAGAACAGCAGUACAAAGAACAAGAAUUACAAAGGAACCAUCUUCAGAUGGAAACACAUUGUUUUACAUAUUGUACAAAUUGUUUUACCACAAUGCUUAAUAAAUAUUCCCCUAGACAUACAGAGCUAUAUAUAUUUUAUGUUACAGGGUGUCAGUCUCAUGUCCUGCUUUCUACUUCUGUAUUUCUUAUUACGUAGCUCAAGUAUUACCGUAUACAUAGCUUGAAAGACCAAAUGGUCAGUAGGCCUGAUUAGAAUACAAGAUACUCCUGCU